AUGGACUUUGCUACGAGUUUCAAGAAUGGUCAUAUGGGUGCUAAAAAGUUCUGGCGCGAGAACCUCCCCCGAUUAAAGUACCACAACCCCUCGGUCCCCAUGAUCGUCAACCGACACAGCCAAAACAGCAAGAAGCCCACACUCUCCAUCUACCUCCGCAAGCCCGACGCCACUACUCCCGCACCAGAAACCCGCUCCCAGCCCGCUUCAUCACGCAGCAACCUAUCCAAGGCGACGCCUGCGGAUACCGACGAAAAGAUUAUCACAGUCGACAUGACCGAGAAGCACUCAUCCCACAUCCUCGAGUUCGUGCUUGCCGAGACUCGCGCAGUCCCUCUCAAGCCUACGAAGGAGGAGAUUCGCGAGUUGCAGGAGAUCAACGCAAUGGCCAAGCAGGCCGAGGUCGACCGCGCACGCAUGAGAGGCCUGCGGGAGGAGAAGCAACGCGAGGAGGCCAUGCUGAAGCGAGCUCGAGCUGCUGGUGGUGUUGCGGAGGAGGAAGGCUCGUAA